AUGGCCCUAAGAACCCAGUUUGAGAACAGAAACGAUGUUGGUGUGUUUGCAAAACUGACAAAUAGCUAUUGCCUCACUGCCAUUGGUUCCGCAGAGAACUUCUAUAGUGUGUUUGAGGGCCAAUUGAGGGACCAUAUGCCCGUCAUUCACUGCUCCAUUGCAGGGACUCGUGUCAUCGGAAGACUUGUUGUCGGCAACAGUCGCGGGCUAUUAGUUCCCAAUUCAACAACCGACCAAGAGCUUCAAUUCCUCCGUCUCUCUCUUCCUGAAAAGAUUCAAAUCCAACGGGUGGAGGAGCGGCUUUCUGCAUUGGGAAAUGUGAUUGCCUGCAAUGACUAUGUUGGGCUUGUGCACCCCGAUCUGGAUCGGACAACGGAGGAGCUUAUUGCCGAUGUUUUGGGAAUAGAAGUUUUCAGGCAAACCGUUGCCCAACAGGUGCUUGUGGGCUCCUAUUGCGUCCUCACCAACCAGGGCGGAUUGAUCCACCCAAGAACAACUAUCGCAGAACAGGAGGAGCUUGCAUCGCUAUUGCAAGUUCCCCUCGUAGCUGGCACUGUCAACAGGGGGUCUGAUGUUAUUUCUGCAGGUCUUGUGGCCAACGACUGGACUGCCGUGGCGGGACUCGAUACCACAACCACAGAGCUCUCCGUGAUCGAGGGUAUAUUCAAAAUACAGAUGAAGGGAACCAAUGUGAUGCGUUCCAUGUCCGGAGUCGAUAGCUCUUCCAUGGAAAAUAUGAUGAACCACUAA